GUAGAAUGCGGUAAUUGCGACCUUUCGUUACAAGAUCUGCAACGAUGUUGCUGGUGGCGGUGGUGAUCGCGGCCAUGUGCUGGGUUGCGGGCGUUAGAGCAGACUUUAAUCAGUGUCUGGGGCUGGAGAUGGCCACAAUGCUCACCAUCCCGUCGUGUAUGGAGCUCUUUAGCACAUGCCAGGUGGGAGUCAACAUGCUCAACCAGAAGUUGGGCGAUACUGCGUACAAGCCCGUUAGCCUCAUUUCCGCUAGCGAAUCCAAGACGUUACCGGAGGAUAGUACCAAGAUAGCUAUGCUGGUGCAGCUGGCGCCACUUACCGACUGUCUCUCGGCUUCAGCGACGGCAAAUGACGAUAGCUGCAAGUUCGAUAUGACCAAUGUGGAGUUCUAUAGCAUCCUGCUGAUGCACGAUUUUGGUGCCAGUUGGAAGCUGGAGGGCUACAAGCGUCACUCGCUGUCAGAUGAUGAGCGUGCGAAGAUUGUGGAGGAAUACAAUAGCGGACAGUUCUAUGGCAGCAAGCUUGCGAUUGGCAUUUUUGACGCGAACAAUCUUCCCCUAGUGUCUGAUUCGAAGGAGACAGAGCCUCGGAAACCCAUAGCAGUUGUAGCUGCUUCUGUUACUGCUCUGUUUUGCUUCGGUUUGGUGUUACACCAGCGCAGACGCCUUCAGAAUGGUUACGCACCGAUCCACCUCUCGAAACGAGGUCAUGUGCAAGGUAAAAAAUCUCCAACUGCCAAAGAUGUCCCUGAAGAGAGGUCCCUGCGCCCAGCUGAUGCUACGGGUACUGGAGGCCAAACCUUCAAGCAGGAAGCUAACGAACGCUUUGCGGUCUAAGUGUUCAUGGUGUAGGAUCGAACUCAGCUUUGUGGUUGUAAACAAAACAAAUGAAAUUAACCGGCUUCACUGUCAUGCCAGGUGAGUUUUUGC